GAUAACGUUAUGAUGGUGUCCAGUGCUCGGCCCAAGUGUUUAGGCACCUGGGUAAAGCCAGGAAAGGGUUAAUGCAUUGUGAGUUUGUCUCCCUCUCUCUCUGGCUUGGUUGAUGGUUUAGUGUGGAUUAUCAAGGCAAGGAUCUUCAUAGUUCUUGGCACUGCAAUGGUUAAGCAAGCACUUCAAUGACUUUAUAUUGUUUAGUAUCCCAUCAUAGAUCUGGUAAAUAAGAGUUCUGUUUGUAGAAGAGUUUGUUUUGUAUUGUAAACAAAUAACAAAUUCUGCCAUUCUGGUGUUACACUUUAGGCAAGCACAAAUGAUACAAUUAUUGGGGGAUCUUCUAUUUUGCUGAUCAGUGUUCACAAUAAGUAUGAAGUGUGACCUAUAGCAGUAUCUAUAUGCAUACCAUCUUAAUGGGGUCCAUAUGCCCUUUUAAUGUAUAGGGAUUUUAUAGAAGUUGGGGGGGCCUCACUUGCGACCCCCCUUUGUAAUUCAUAACAAAGACCCAGUAAAUAAUGCUACUUCUACUUUGGCGGUUUUGGCCCUGUCAUAUAUACACAAGUGCCCAUUCAUGCUAUUUCCUGCAGAAGAAUUGAUGGCAUUUUUGGAGAAAGGGUUCUCUUGAUCUAUGGAUUUCUUAACUGGGAGCUUGAGCAACAACUGGAGUUUACAAUGUAAUAAGUAAAUCUGAAGCCCCUUAGAUUUCCCCAGGCCUGCUGAAACUUUGUAGUGUGACUGCUUAGUUGUUAGGUUGUAUUUUAGAGACUUUUUUUUUUUUGCCAGCCACUGUCAAAGUUUCCAUGUUUUGAUGUCAGCACAAGGAAGUGCUUGCACAGCCAAUCACUGUCAGAGGUAGAACAUCUCUGCCUUCAGUGAUUGGCUGAGGGACCACUUCCUUGUGCCGACACUAGCGGGGACUGACACUAACAAAAUAGGGUAGCGGGGAGUCAGGGAAGGUCUUUAAAGUUCAGUUUAACAAGUUAACAAGAAAAAGUGAAUGCUGCAGUCCACAGAUAACAUGCAACCUAAUGGUAAAAAUCAAUUAGGUACAAUACAAAGGGUUUAUGCACAGCCAGUUUUAACACCAAAAUCCUGCAGCUAUUGGCCACCACAUGUGACUGGAUUAGUCCACAUGCUGUAGUGUGGGUAUGCACUAUUACACAGCUGUGGCCUCUGAGUGACUCAGGAAAAUGGCUUUUGUGUCAUCUAUGUUUACCAGUGUUCAGGCUACUUACUGCCUCUUGGGUCCUUGUAUGCAAUGGGCACUGGGUAUGCUUACGAGGUGGCAUCGCCACAUGCUUAUUUUUUCUUUUUAAAAAGGGGAGGGGGGCUUGAGUUGCGGUUAUGAAUGAUGGCGUCUUGUGCCCUACUUCCAGCUUUCACAUGCCUCUGGGAGUGGGCAGAGCAGUGGGGACUUCCAGUCUGACACGGAGGUGACAUCAGAUGGCGGGGGAGGGAAAUUUAAACGGGCAGUUUGGCUGAUUUGGUCUCUUGGAGCCGGCCAUCAGUUGGAAAACUUUGGCCUUUGAUUUGGAGCUUUGAGGAGUGCCAAGCAGAAAGGAUUCCAUUGAUUCUGGAACACAAGACUCCUCCUAGGCUGCAGUACCAAAAAGUACUUUUGGGUUGGUCUCUGAAGAACACGAAUGCGAUGUAAGCAAAAAAUUUAAAUUGCCACCAUCAAUAGUUCCUUGUUCUAUGAAAUCUGAACUUUCUUAGGCCUCAUUGAAUCCAUGAUUUUGAAGCUUGGAAACCAUCAAUAAAUAAAUUCCACAAGUAGAUGUCGGCAACACUUUUUAAUACGCAAAUGUAUUCAUCCACUGGUAUACCAUCAUUUAUCCAUAAACCUGUCCUUGAGAACAGUAAGUAUGUAACACAAACGUCAUCUUUAUGUGAACAAGCAAGAAACCUUGGAACAGGAAUCAUGAUGAAUAGUAUGCUGCAAAAACAAAUGUUAGAAAAGUUCAACUGUGAAAAAUGCAGAUUUUCCACUAAGGACCUCAACAAGUACAGAAACCAUGUGUCCCUUCACAAUGACAUUAAAUAUACAUGUUCACAUUGUGACUUCAUGUCUUACACUAAAACAGAGUUUCAGCGACACUUGGUGUCACAUACUGGGAAGUUUCCCUAUACUUGUGGUUACUGCGGAUAUGGGGCCAUAAGAAAUGAUUACAUUGUCAAACAUAUCAGAAGAAUUCAUGGUGACGGCAAGAUCCACUGUUCUGUGAGCACCAUUGAAAAUGAGUCCAAGAAAGCUUCAGUUAACAUAAUGCAAACCCAGGUGAUAGGACCCAAUGUCCAGAACAUCUUACAGAACAGCUCUACAACAUUAACUGAAGAGAUAAUAGACUUAACAGAAGGUGACAGUCUUAGCACGAGUAGCAAUAUUUUUCCCAAUGGAAAUAAUGUUGAAGGUAAUGUAGAAGUAGAAGUAAUCUCACCAGCAGAUCAACAGCUGUAUCCAUGGAUACCAUUAACUGUGGUGGCACCAACAUCUUUUAAAGUGCCCCCCAAUUGUAUUGCUCAGGUUGUGGAAGUGAAACCGGUCAACAGUGCAUGUCAUUUGGUUUUAAAGUGUUUAAAUUUGGUUGAGGCGAGUCUGCCAACCCAGCCUGUUACUAGUGAAAAUAUUUAUGAACAGAAACCUUCAGGACUUGUCAUGCCACCUAAGAAUAUGAUCGAAACCCCAGAGCUACCUUCAGUACAAGAGUGUACAUUGUUACGUGAUAACUGCCAAGAGAAUAUACUGUACCCACCAGAUACUGUUUGUGGGACCCAAGAAGAUCUCCCCAAAGAGGUGGCCACUCCAAUAGAUACUACUACUGAAGUUGUGGAUCCUAUCAGUACUGUAGCUAAUGACGUGUUAGAUGAUCUUGAGGAGUUUACUGGGGGACCAAUAAUUUCUGCUGUGUUUUCUUUAAGUUCUGACUCACAAAACUCUAUUGAAGGUAUUCAGUGGGAAUGUCCAUUCAGCAGUCCAAACACCAGUUCAUCCCAUGAUAGUGUUGAUGUUACACAGCCCUCUUCUAACCAACCUGCAAGUCAAGAAAAAACUACUGUAAAAACUACUGUAUAUGGCAAUGAAUUAAACUCAGAGAUGGACAUUGAAAAAUCUCAGGAUGAAAUAAAAAACACUGUUUCGGAAAGUAACAAAGAAGCGCCCGAAAUUGAGAGAGAGAAUGUUAAACAAAACACUGAUUCUGAAAUACAGCUGUCUACAGCAUUGAUACUAACAGAUGUCAAGAAAGCUGAAAGCCAGCCAUUUGUUUCUCAGAAGAUCAGGAAGGGUGGGCGUAUAUCUGACCGUCUCGGUAAAAUAGAGACAGACCGCUUUAGUAAGCCCCAGGUCCUCUUUUUAUCUUGUGACAAAAGAAUAGUCAUGCAGCCGCUUUCAUGCACAAUGCAAAGUACUAAUAACCAGACUUCUCUGGUAGAUAAAGUUACAGAACAACUACAGGUUCCAGUGAAAACACGAAAGUCGAGUGCCAAAGUGAAGGUUAAAAGACUUGUGGCUCCUGCUUUGAAAAACAAAUCCCAACCAAACCUAAAAACUCUCAGACUGCAUCCUGUUAAGGUGGAUCAGGUGACACACACCCCAUGCUACAAUCAACCUGUAGUUGUAUUAAACCACCCUGAUGUAGAGUCAAUUGAAACAUCUCAUAUUAUGAAAGCAAUCCGAGUUUUUAGGGGCAAGAUCACAAGAGUAACUUUAUCCAAGAAGAUGUUCAAAAAAAAAGUAUGAUUUAACUAGAAGGUGUUAACUAUUGGUCCGCAAAGAUAAUACCUUUUUGUUAACAUUAUUAUUUUUGUUCAUUUUAGAAGAAUUUACUAUUAAAACAAUGGUUUGUCUCUCUAAAUCUUUUCUUUUUCUUAGAUGUUCAAUAAAAAUAUUUAAUGUUUAUUAUAUUGGGUCUACAUGUGCUAUUUUGAAUGGAGGCUGAUUCUAAAGCUGCAUUCAUGUAGUGUUUAAAAAAAAAAGUGCACUUUUUUAAAUUUACAGUUGCAUUUUAGCUCUCCCCCCCCCCCCCCCCCUUGUUUUUUGCUGUAAUCGGUUAAAAAAACAGCCGGAAAAAUAUAUAUAUAUAUAUACAGCUGAAAGUGCAAGCGUAAAUAAAAAAUAGUGCAUAUUUUUUAUGCUUAGUAAACCCAUUCGAACACUAUAAUUUUUCACUUUACUUAAAGGGGUGUUCCGGGAUCUAACCUUUUAUCCCCUAUCUAGAGAAUAGAGGAUACAAUGUCUGAUUGUGGGGGGCCCGCAGCUGGGACCCCCCACUAUCUCUCCCUGCAGCACAGCGGUGGGUCCCCCGCGAUCAGACAUGGUAUCCCCUAUCCUCUGCAUAGGGGAUAAAAGCUUAGAUCCCGGAAUACCCCUUUUAAAUCAACAACUUUUUGAGCCUUACCAUUACUUGUAGGCAUGGGAUACAGGAGAAUAAAGUUGUGAUGGUUUUCCCAUCACAUACACAACUGUAAUCUUGGCUUAAUUCCAUAUGAGUAGGCAAAAAGGUAGAGGAAUAAUAUUGCUCCAGUAAAUUCAUACUUUGUAGUUUUACAAACUGAAAACCUACGUGUAGGUCAUGUUAUAAAUUUUUUUUUUUUGCCCUUUAAAAAAAAAUGUAUUCACUUGUCUGUAUCGUCUGAUACAUAUCUGAUGUAUUUUAAUAAAUAAAGCUGUAUUUUGAUAUUGUAGAGGUGUCAUGUUCAUGCAUUUAUAUAUUUUUUGAAGUUUUUAGUUUGUGUUUGACAUUGGCUUGCACUUCACAUGUAACAUUUGUAGUGCUCAAAACAUAACUAGACAGCAUGGACACUACAAAGGUGGACUCUCAUGUGUAUCAUUACCCACUAUACCAUUUGAAUUGGGCAUAGCAUUGUCUUCAAAUGAUAUAGUUAUACUUGCAGGAUUAUUAUUGACACUAUUUUAUGUGUUUUUUUAUAGUUUUUUGACUGAAUAUUUCAUUUACUUACCCUAUAAUUUUUAUGCAUAUAAUGCUUAAAAAGUUUGAUCAAAAAAAGUCUUUUGGGUAAUAAUACAUUUAUUACCCAAAAAAAAGGAGCAACAUUAUUUCUUUCUUUUUUGUUCUUUUUGCCAUAGUUAUGUAUUAAAUAAAGUCAUAAAUAAGGUUAUGAUUUAUAGAUGGCUUCUGCUAUUUAAUAAAAUCACAAGAAUUAAACUACAGUCAAUUGGAAAUUGAAGUGAAUAAAAAUAUUUGUUCUCCCAGUGAAUCAUUCAGUAUUAUAAAUGAAAGCUGCCCAUCAAGAAAAGUGAUCGUGCAUUAACAAUGCUGUACAAACGAAAAAUUCCAAAUCAGGUCACAACUUUCUGAUCCCAAAAUAUAUAUAUAUAUGCUGCUUUCAUGGGAGCUACAUAGUCAGACAUGAAAUCACAUAAAUAAUAUAAACCUUUAAAACUGUACUAAAAAUACCUGGCCCGGCUCAGUUUAGGACCCCCACCCACUAGGUGAAUCCCAUGCACAAAGUUAUUCUUCCCUGCAUAAUAAACAAGUCCUGACAUGAACUUAAGUGCACCAGAUAGUGCUAGUACUUUUUGCACAUGUCUUAUGUCUUGGUUUACAUUAGUCAUGUCUGUCUGACCAUGUGGCUACUAUGAAAGGACCAUUUCUAUAUAUUCUGUUUUUGUGUUUUUUGGUAUUUAAUAAAGUUGUGAUCAGAUUAAAAUUUUUCAGUUGUACAGCUAUUUGUUUUAUGCAUGAUCACUUGUUGUUUGGUAAUUUGGAUUCACCUGAUUCCUGUGUAAGUCGAUGCAGCUGGGAAAAAAGAACUAUUUGGUGGCCAGUAUGCACUAUUUUAUCCAUGAAAUGACAGUAUUCCUACUGAUGUUCCAAUAGAUAAGAAAUUGGCAGGCGUCACUCCAGGCGAUUGUGCAUAUAA